AUGGCUCAAAGUCCAACAUCAUUCUUGUGCGCCAAGUUGGCUUCCGCCAUACAGUCUAGCAGCGAAGUGUCGAAAGAGCCGUCUUUGCAUCCGCCUGUGGAGACUAUCGCGAUUUCUUUCUGUUGUGCUGAACACCUCGAUCGCAAAGAUCCUCAUCAAGGCGCACAAGGCAUUAUUAGAAGUCUUAUAGCCCAACUCUUGGUUUACUAUAACAAAUUCGACAGCCGUCUCAUCAAACAGCUCCUCAAGUCCGAUCUAGAUCAUCUCAAACCCUUGUGUGCCACCCUGAAAAUUAUGAUCAACGAACUUCCUGAGGAAGUUGCACUGACCUGCAUCAUUAAUGCUAUCACGAUACAUGAGGACAGUAAGGCACGCUGCAAGAAAGUAGAUUCUGUUCUCGACACUCUGAUUGAGAUUGCAGAAUCAGACGAUGAACUGAAAUGUGCCUUCAAACUCUUGGUCACGUCGCCAAGGGUGUCCAGAAGGUAUAGCGCGAGAACUGGCGGUAAGGCAUGUGCGACUGUGCUCAUGAUGCCGGAAAAGGUGGCUUCUCAAGGAGCUUUUACGAAGACAAAGUGGGGCGAUAAUAUGCAAGCUGGUCAAAAUGGGUACACUGGUUGA